ACUAACUCGGCGCUUCUCCUGGUCCUGCUCGGUGCUCGGCCAUCCGCCCUGCGUUGCCGCUGUUCACUGCUCUUGAUUCCGCCGUCAUGUCGACCGCAAUGAACUUCGGGACCAAAAGCUUCCAGCCUCGGCCACCAGAUAAAGGAAGUUUCCCUCUGGACCACUUCGGUGAAUGUAAAAGCUUUAAAGAAAAAUUCAUGAAGUGUCUCCGCGACAAGAAUUUUGAAAACGCUUUGUGCAGAAAUGAAUCUAAAGAGUAUUUAAUGUGCAGGAUGCAAAGGCAGCUGAUGGCCCCAGAACCACUAGAAAAGCUGGGCUUUAGAGAUUUGAUGGAUGAGAAGCCGGAGGCAAAGGACAAAUAUUGAGAAGAAAGCCACAGAGCCAAGUCUCCAGCAGCCUGGAACAGAGCUGAGCCCUUCUACCCACAGGGCCGGGAGACCUGAGACUUCUGUGCUGCCCAAUGGAGGGAGUCCCCGCGGGGAGUUUAGGACAUGGCUCAGCCCUGCAGCACACCUCCAAAUGCUUCCUCAGCAUCCUCAGGUUCCCUGCAGACAGUGGUCUUAUUCUUCCAUCUGUGUAUGUCACAGGAUCCUCUCAGGGCCCAACUCCAAUGUGAUAUCCUGCCCAGUAUGGCCCUCAUACCACAGAGGCCUGGACAGCUUUCCACAGUGACUCAAGCCUGUCACAGACCCGAGUCUUCAUACCAGAACCCGGUAGUGAAACCAUGCCACAGCAAAACGCCAGCCCUUUGUGCACAUAGACCACGAAUAUCAGCUUGCUUCCCUUUGUCUGUGUUCUUUUCUUUGAACAAAACUGGAAUACAAAGUAGGUAGUGAGAAACUAUUUAGCUUUUGACUUAUUUGACUUCUUGUUUUGAGACAUGGUCUCCCGUAGCCCAGGCUAGCCUCAAACUUCUAUGUAGCCAAGGAUAAAUUUGAACUCCUGAUCUUCUGCCUCCAUGACUGCUGUGAUUACAGGUGUGCAUCAUUACAGCUGGUUCAUUCAGUGUUGGAGGAUGGAACCCAGGGUUCCCUGUGUGCUAGGCAAACAGUACCAGCUGACCCAUGUCUCCAGCACAACUUCUUGCUUUUUAGAUUGCUUUUUGUUGUGGGGGAGGGGAUUUGAGACAGGGUUUCUCUGUAUAACAGUCCUAGUCGUCCUGGAACUAGCCCUAUAGACCAGGCUGGCUUUGAACUCACAGAGAUCUGCCUGCCUCUGCCUCCUGAGUGUUGGGAUUAAAGGCAUGCACCACCA